AAGUGACGCUUAUCAACAACUUGUCAAGCCCGGCAAAUGUCAAACAGAUACAUAACCUAAUUAACCGUGUAUUUUUUCGUUUUUCCAUUAAUAAAUAUUUUUCUUUGAACAUGUCUGGCAUGUUAUACGGCGGAGACGAAAUCGGGGCUUUGGUAUUCGAUCCAGGCCACCAUUCUCUACGCGUAGGUUAUGCCCAGGAGGACACCCCGAAAGCCGAAAUCCCCGCCGUGGUCGGCGUAGCCCCAGAUGAUACCCCCAAAAUCGAACCGGAAGUGAAAGCGGAAGACGGAAACGUGUCUUCGACAGCCCCAGCUUGGAAAUACUACAUUGACACUACAUUUUUGCACACCCCACGUCCCAGCAUGGAGCUCCACAGCUACAUGAAGGACGGGAUGAUCGAGAACUGGGACUUGUUUGAGAAAAUGGUUGACUACUCGUAUGAUAAAAUCAUCCAGUCAGAAUCUCAGUACCACCCAAUCCUUUUCUCCGAAUGCCCCUGGAACCUGCGUCAAAAGCGCGAAAAACUCACCGAAAUCAUGUUCGAAAAGUACAAAGUACCUGCUUUUUUUCUUGUUAAGAACGCAGCCUUGGCGGCCUUCGCCAACGGGCGAGCCACAGCUUUAGUAAUUGACAGUGGAGCGACCCACACUUCAGCAGUACCUGUUUUAGACGGUUAUGUGAUCACCAACGCUGUUGUAAAGUCACCUCUAGGUGGCGACUACCUCAUUUUGAAAGCCAGGGAGAUGUUGGAGCACAUUGGGAUCGAUCUCACACCGGCCGCUUUAAUCGCGAGCAAGGAGGUGGUCCGCGACAAAGAUAAACCAAAAUAUACAAAAAAGAAACUCCCUUUUCAACCCACUAACAGCUGGAUGGCUUACAUGAUCAAGAGAACGGUUCAGGAUUUCCAGCAGAGCGUGAUACAGGUGUCUGAGUCGCCGUUCGACGAGAGAAUAGCUGCGGGUUUUCCGACGGUCCAGCACGAGUUCCCUACAGGGUACAGGCAGGACUUUGGCCCUGAGAGGUUCAAACUGGCGGAGGUUCUUUUCGAUCACGCUAUGUUGGGGGCGGGACAUAUAGCUGCAACUAGUGCUGGGAUGUGCGACGUUGAUAUAAGACCGGCUCUCUACAGCUCUGUAGUUCUCACUGGGGGAAAUUCUUUAGUACAAGGAUUUAGUGAUAGGUUAAGUCGGGACUUAUCAUCUCGGACUCCUGGUUCUUUGCGAUUAAAAAUGAUCGCAGCUAAUGGUACGGUGGAACGACGGUUUGGUGCAUGGGUUGGGGGUUCGAUUCUUGCAUCAAUCGGUACAUUCCAACAGAUGUGGAUGUCCAUGCAGGAGUAUCAAGAGGCCGGCAAGGCCCAAAUUGAUAGAAAGUGCCCUUAAGAUUACGAUUAUUUAAGUUAUUCCUCUAGCUGACGUUGUCUCAGUAUUUUUUAGAAUUUUUAAUUAAUCGUGUAAGGAUUUGUAAUAAAUUGACGCAACGUUUUUUACAAAA